AUGAAUAAUAUACUAUUUCCAGCAUUACGCAAUGUGUAUUAUCUUGGUCUAGUAACAUUAGUAGUGUCAACAUUUUUUCUCUCUGUUGAAAGAAUAAUUGCAACGCUUCUUUAUCAGACAUAUGAGCGUAACACACGUAGAUGGAUUAGUAUAUCAGUGGCUUUAUCACAGUGGCUUUUGAUUAUUCCUCUGAUGUAUUAUCACAAUCACGAUGAAGGACAUAUUUACCCCUACUGCGCUUACGAACUGUUUGAUCCACAAGUGAUGGCGAAUAUUCAGCUCGGUGUUAUUGCUAUGCAAAUUUGCUCAUUUGUUAUUAUUAUUAUGCUGUGGACACAUAACAAUAAAAAAUUACUCUAUCGAAAGUGUCAGAACGAAAACGUCAGUGUACGAUAUCAGUUACGUGAAAAUGUUUCGACUUCAAAACUGCUG